AUGCUGUCCACCACCAUCAAGGCCGCCGGAGCCAGGCAGGCUGCUGCCCUCCGCCCCACCGUCGCUUCUGCCCUCGCCGCUCGCUCUUUCGGCGGAUGGGCCAACGUCCCCAAGGGUCCCCCCGCCAUUCUAGGUAUCACUGAGGCCUUCAAGGCCGACUCGAACCCCAAGAAGAUCAACCUCGGUGUUGGUGCUUACCGCGACGAUGCCGGCAAGCCCUACGUCCUCCCCACUGUGCGCGAGGCCGAGAGGCGCGUCAUUGACGACAAGCUGAACAAGGAGUACGCCGGCAUCACUGGUGUGCCCGAGUUCCCCAAUGCUGCCGUCAAGCUGGCCUAUGGCGCCGACUCGUCCGCCCUCCCCCGCCUGGCCGCCACCCAGACCAUCUCUGGCACGGGAGCCCUCCGCAUCGGUGCUGAGUUCCUCAAGCGCUGGUUCCCCGGUGACAAGAAGAUUUACAUUCCUACCCCCUCGUGGGCCAACCACAAGGCCGUCUUCCAGGACGCCGGCCUUGAGGUCCAGCAGUACCGCUACUACAACAAAGACACCAUAGGCCUCGAUUUUGAAGGCCUGGUCGCCGACCUCAAGGCCGCCCCAAGUGGCAGCGCCAUCCUCCUCCACGCCUGCGCUCAUAAUCCCACCGGCGUCGACCCCACCCCCGAGCAGUGGAAACAGCUCUCGCAGGUCUUCAAGGAGAAGGACCACCUCCCCUUCUUCGACAUGGCCUACCAGGGCUUCGCCAGCGGUGAUUCCGAUGCCGAUGCAUUUGCCGUCCGUCAGUUUGUCGCCGACGGCCACAAGAUUAUGCUCUGCCAGUCGUUUGCCAAGAACAUGGGUCUCUACGGUGAGCGUGCCGGUGUCUUCUCCAUCGUCGGUGAGAAUGCCGAGGAGGCCAAGCGCAUCGACUCGCAACUGAAGAUUAUCAUCCGCCCCAUGUACUCGAACCCCCCAAUCCACGGCGCCCGUAUCGCUUCGACCAUCCUCAACGACCCCGAGCUCUAUGCUCAGUGGCAGACUGAGGUCAAGGGCAUGGCCGACCGCAUUAUCACCAUGCGCCAGCUCCUCCGCACCAAGCUCCAGGAGCUCGGCUCCAAGCACGACUGGUCCCACAUCACCUCGCAGAUUGGCAUGUUUGCCUUCACUGGCCUCAAGCCCGAGGAGGUAGACCGAAUUGCCAAGGAGUACUCCGUCUACUUCACCAGGGACGGCCGCAUCUCCAUCUCUGGUAUCACCAGCGACAACGUCUCCCACCUUGCCGAGGCCAUCUUCAAGGUUAAGGGUUAA